ACAGCAGAGCGGCUUGUGUGUUUUCAAGGGAAGAAAGUAUACUCAAACUAAGACGGCUACAUGGAAAGCACACGUAAAUUGAAAACAGAUAGGCUGUGCUUCCACCUAACGCUGUGGUGAAUAAAAUACAAAUACAAAAAAUAAAAAACAAAAGAGCUAAAAACAACAACAAUUAAAAUACUAGUGAACUGGUUUGCAGGUGAAACAGACAGACACAGGGAUGAGCUAUGGCAUCAGUGAAAGUUGCUGUCAGAGUAAGGCCAAUGGAUAGGCGAGAGAAAGAUUUGGAUGCCAAAUUAAUUAUUCAUAUGGAAGGGAACAAGACUUCCAUAACAAACAUAAAGGUCCCAGAAGGAAUCUCAGGAGACACAGUGAGAGAGCGAAUCAAGACAUUCACAUACGACUUCUCAUACUAUUCAGCUGAUAGUAAACACUCAGAUUUUAUUUCUCAGGAAAAGGUUUUUAAAGAUCUUGGCACUGAUGUCCUUAAAUCUGCUUUUGAAGGUUAUAAUGCCUGCAUCUUUGCAUAUGGCCAGACUGGAUCUGGCAAGUCCUAUACAAUGAUGGGAAACCCGGGUGAUGCCGGUUUGAUACCUCGAAUAUGUGAAGGGCUGUUCAGCAGAAUAGCUGGGAUGACAAGGUGGGAUGAGGCUUCAUUUCGUACUGAAGUUAGCUACCUGGAAAUCUACAAUGAAAGAGUAAGAGACUUACUCAGGAGAAAAUCUACCAAAACAUAUAACCUCAGAGUCCGCGAGCAUCCAAAAGAAGGACCUUAUGUUGACGAUCUGUCGAAACACCUGGUCCAGAACUACAGCGAUGUCGAGGAACUGAUGGAAGCUGGAAAUAUCAAUCGAACCACAGCCAGCACAGGGAUGAAUGAUGUUAGCAGCAGGUCCCAUGCCAUUUUUACCAUUAACUUCACUCAGGCCAAAUUUGAUGCAGAAAUGCCAUGUGAGACGGUCAGUAAAAUCCAUUUGGUGGAUCUUGCAGGAAGUGAGAGAGCAGAUGCCACUGGCGCCACUGGUGUGAGGUUAAAAGAGGGAGGAAACAUUAACAAGUCUCUGGUCACUCUGGGAAAUGUAAUCUCUGCCUUAGCUGACUUAUCUCAGGAUGCUGUGAGCGCCCAUGCAAAGAAGAAGCAGGUUUUUGUGCCUUAUAGAGACUCUGUUUUAACAUGGCUUUUGAAAGACAGCCUUGGUGGAAACUCCAAAACGAUUAUGAUUGCUAGUAUCUCACCUGCUGAUGUAAAUUAUGGAGAGACUAUAAGUACACUUCGCUAUGCAAAUAGAGCCAAAAACAUCAUCAACAAGCCUACCAUUAAUGAAGAUUCCAACGUUAAGCUUAUCCGUGAGCUGCGAGCUGAAAUUGCUCGAUUGAAAGCACUUCUGGCACAGGGGAACCAGGUUUGUUUUUUAGACUCUCCUACAGUAGAUUUGAGUAUGGAAGAAAAACUUCAUCAAAAUGAAGCCAGGGUAAGAGAACUGACCAAAGAAUGGACGAACAAAUGGAAUGAGACCCAAAAUAUCCUUAAAGAAGAAACCCUUGCUCUCAGAAAAGAAGGGAUUGGUGUGGUUUUAGACUCUGAGCUGCCUCACUUAAUUGGCAUUGAUGAUGAUCUGCUUAGUACUGGUAUUAUCCUGUAUCAUUUAAAAGAUGGAAAGACUGUUGUUGGUCGUGACGAUGCUGCUGCUGAACAGGACAUUGUUCUCCAUGGUCUUGAUUUGGAGAGUGAACACUGCCUGUUUGAAAACCUAAAUGGCACAGUGACUCUAAUACCACUGAAUGGGGCUCAGUGCUCAGUCAAUGGAGUACAAAUAAAGGAACCGACCCAGCUUAAUCAAGGUGCUGUCAUAUUGCUUGGAAGAACAAACAUGUUUCGAUUUAACCACCCCAAAGAAGCUGCGAAACUCAGGGAGAAAAGGAAGAGUGGAUUGCUUUCUUCCUUUAGUCUGUCUAUGACAGACCUUUCAAAAUCAUGUGAAAAUCUCUCGACUGUCAUGCUUUACAAUCCGGGGCUUGAAUUUGAAAGACAACAGCGAGAGGAACUGGAAAAGUUGGAGAAUAAAAGGAAGCUUAUUAAAGAAAUGGAAGAGAAGCAAAAGUGUGAGAAAGCAGAAUUGGAGCGAAUGCAGCUGGAGGUUGAGUCCCAACGCAAAGAGUCAGAGGUGGUACAGCUCCGGAUUAAAAAGCAGGAAGAGACCCUGAAGCGCAGGAGCCAGGACAUUGAAAGCAGGCUGAAGGACCUGCUGGCUGAGAAGGAGCGGUUUGAGGAGGAGCGUCUCAGAGAACAGCAGGAGAUAGAGCAGCAGAAGAAGCAGCAGGAAGAGGAAGUCUACGUCAGGGUUCAGAAGGAGACGAAGAGACUUCAGGAAAUCCAUGUGAAAGAAAAGUCUGAGAAGAUGGAGAUAUUUCGAGAGCUGGAGAAACUGAAGAAAGAAAAUGAUGAGCAGACCAUCAAGUUAGAGCUAGAGAAAAGGAGGUUGGAGGAGCAGGAGAAAGAGCAGUUGACCUUGGUGAUCCGUCUAGAGGAACAGCUCAGAGAGAAGCAGGAGAUGAUUGGGCUAUUGAAGAGAGAUGAUGUUCAGAGGGUACAGGAAGAGAAGAUGAUCCUGGAGGAGAUACGAGAAGUCCUCCUGAAGGCAAAGGAAGCCAUGCCUGAUGGGGAUGAAGACCAUGAGGACGUAAAAAAUGGCAAACAGAAGUACAUGGACUUCAAGAUAAAGCAGCUGAGGCAGUUGGUGCAGUUGGAAGAGGGGCUUAAGCAUCAGAAGAACCACCUUGAGAAUGACAUCUUGAGCAAGCAGAAGUCUCUGGAUGAUCUUCGCAGGACGCAUGAGGAACACCAAAAGCUCCUGAAAGAAAACAAAGAAAAGGGGGCUUUAGAUUCUGCAAAUGUGGUCCAAGAAAAAGAGAAGAUCAAACAAGCUGAACAUCAUUUGCAUUACAAAGAGCGCCAGCUCCAAAGUCUCAGUGAAAACCACCUGCUUGUAAUAUCUGAAGAAAAACAAAGGGCUGCUGAGAUUGUGGAAAAGGGGCUCCCUUGUCUGGACAACACCUUGUAUCAGAUAGAGAAGGAAAUUGAAGAGAAGGCCGAGCAGCUUGCGCUUUAUUGCGCUAACACUGUCCAAAUGCAGCAACUUCAAGAAACCUAUGAAUUCACUGCUAAUGUAGCAAGGCAGGAAGAAAAGGUCCGUAGGAAAGAGAAGGAAAUCUUGGAGUCAAGGGAAAAGCAGCACAGAGAAGCUCUGGAACAAGCUGUAGCGAAACUGGAAAGGAGGCAUUCUACCCUGCAACACCAGUCCACCAUUGAGCUAAAGAUUGAGGAGCAGAAACGCAAACUGGCAUCUUUAAAUAAGAGUGAGGAGCAAGCAGGGCUGCAGGCCAGUCUGGAAGCUGAGCGGAAAGCAUUGGAGCAGGAUCGAGAAAGGCUGGAACGUGAAAUUCAACAACUGAAACAAAAAAUCUGUGAAAGCGAUGCUCUGAAGAGCCACCACACAGCAAAUGAUGAAAAACCAAGUCAUACCAGCUCACCAGUUGGCCCCAAAACAUCCCCAGCUAGUCUGUUUCCAGCAAUGGAUGACAGGAUCAGUGCUUAUAUAGAGGAAGAAGUACAAAGAAGACUACAGAAGAUCAAUGUGACGAAUGAUGAAAAUAAUAUUGAGCUCUCCCUUUCAACAGAAAACACAGAGGAAGAUGACAAGACAUAUAAUGGUAGUGACCCACGUAAAUUGAAAUACGAGCGACUGGUUUCUCGUCCUCUGGGAGUGAAUGCAGACAGCCUGAAGGACCCAGUAAAAAUUAGUAUUCCACGCUAUGUCCUGCGUGGACAGGGGAAGGAUGAGCACUAUGAGUUUGAAGUAAAGAUUGCAGUCUUGGACGAGACAUGGACAGUUUUUAGAAGAUACAGUCGUUUUCGAGAAAUGCACAAAACACUAAAAUUGAAAUAUCCAGAGCUUGCUGCUUUAGAGUUCCCUCCAAAGAAGCUCUUCGGAAACAAAGACGAACGAAUAAUUGCUGAAAGACGAAGUCACUUGGAGAGAUACCUCAAGAACUUUUUUAAAGUGAUGUUGGCUUCGUCCUCUUCUCCUUUACAUGCAGAAAAAAAAGACUUAGAUUUGUCAAAGCACACCAUUUGUGAGUUUUCUCCGUUCUUCAAGAAAGGGGUGUUUGACUACAGCAGCCAUGGGACUGGUUGAACAUCUGGCUGAGGAUUUGUGCCAAUGGACAAGGACCAAAAGCAGUGCCUUUUCUUAUCUGCAUUCAAAUGUAUAUAGUCUGUUAAUCUGUAUCCAGUUUGAAUAAAUUAGGUAUUGCAGCUAUGAAUCAAUAUUAUAUAACUGGACGUUUUGAAAUCUUUUUUUCAAUGCACAGGACACUAAUAACUUCACAGACUGUAAGAUGUGUAAACACACCAGACUAAUUCACUCAAGGAAAGCCCUAUGGAAGAUGACAGUUGCUGCAGAUCUCGUAAAUGUCUUUCCAUUUUAAAAAAAGUAAUAUAAAAACAAACAUUGCACCAAACCAUUUUAUUAUGAAAUGCAGGAUCAUGCUUAUAGGAUGCAGAAGGGUUAACACAAUGAUUUUAAGUUUUCACAGUAGCGUCACUUUUGAAAGUUUCAUUGAAAGUAAAUCUUUUUUUUUUUUUUUUUUUUUUUUUU